AUGUCAAAGUUCAACCCCUGAUCAAUCCCAAAUGAACCACAGACAGUAUAUAAAGUGAAUUUGGUCCAAAUUAAGACGCCGAAGCUGCUGUCUGGAAGGUUGCCAAGAUGAGGACAGCCCUGUGUUUGUGGAUCGUUAUGGGAGUACUCUGCCCGGGAGAGGUCAGAGGUCACAAAGGUAACGGAGGUGACCGCCACCACGGUCACAGUCGCGACCAUGGUGGUGACCGUGACUAUAGUGACAGGCGUGACAGCGAACAUGGUGACAGGCGCGGUCACGGGCGCGACCAUGGUGACAGGCCCGACCACGGUCACGGGCGCAACCAUGACCAUGGUGACAGGCGCGACCACGGUCACGGGCGCGACCAUGACCACGGACGAGACCACGGGCAUCAUCAUCAUCAUGAGCCCAGUGACACUAGCACUAAACCAGUGAUCCAAGGAAACUUGGAGUUUGCUUGCAGCCUGUAUAAUCAGCUGGUGGCUCAGCCUGACAACCAGGGCAAGAACGUGUUCUUCUCCCCGCUGAGUGUGUCCCUGGCCCUGGCCGCUCUGUCUGUGGGGGCCAAGGGUCAAACCCACCAGCAGCUUUUCACUGUUCUGGGCUUCAACAGUAGCCUACUGAUCCAAGAACAGGUGGACCAGGCCUUCCAGACCAUCCUCACACAGCUCAACCAGAAAAUAGGUGUGAACCUGAUGGUAGGAAGUGCACUUUUCGUGCAAAACAACUUUACACCACACCCCGAGUUCCUUGAGGACUUGAAGCGCUUCUACCUUUCUGAGGGUGUCACAGUGGACUUCACCAACAUUGCUAAGGCCAUCGAUACAAUCAAUACAUACGUGGGGGACAAGACUAAAGGCAAGAUAGAUAAGUUAGUCAAAGAUCUGGACCCAACCACUGUCAUGUACCUCCUCAGCUACAUUUACUUCAAAGGAAAAUGGGAGAUUCCAUUUAACCCUGCAGACACAAAGGAGGACACAUUUCAUGUGGAUGAAAACACCACUGUUCCGGUCCAGAUGAUGAGCAUGAUGAAGAGGUUCUCCGUCUACUACGACCAGGAGAUCUCCACCAGUAUCCUGCAUCUCCGCUACAACGACUCAGUGUCCAUGAUGUUGGUGCUACCGGAGAAGGGACUCGCUAGUCUGGACGAGGUCAUAUGCCUCAACCACAUCACCAAGUGGCACAGGUGGAAGAAAGCCAGGGAAUAUCAUGUAUAUGUUCCCAAGUUGUCCAUCACCACAACAUACUCCCUCAAGGACAUUCUGAGUGGAAUCGGAAUGCCGGACAUAUUCAGUGAUCGAGCUGACUUCAGUGGAAUAUCAGAGGAACUGAAGGUGGCUGUCUCAGAGGUGGUGCAACAAGCCUCCUUGGACGUGGAUGAGGCUGGAGCGACCACAGCAGCUGCCACAGGUGUGGUCCUUAUGCCCCUCUCCUCCCGACACACCCAUGUCUUGAAGUUCGACCAUCCAUUCAUGGUAUUUGUCAUGGACCGGGAGACCAAGAAUAUUCUCUUCAUGGGCAAGAUCAUCAACCCAGCCAACAAAUAAAACUGGUGCUAUGUAAAACCUGUGCUGCAGAAAACAUGUGGUCUAUUAUCGCAAAUUGAAAUCUAAGUGCUGCUGUUAGGAAACCAGUAAGCAAACCCAUCCAAACUCUUCUGCGUCACUCUAGCCUGGGAACCCAAAGCUAACAAGUGUAUAAAUCCUCUGUAUUCACUUUGCUGGAUAUUUGUACUACUAUUAAAUACAUAUCACCAUUUGCUGCCAGUCUUCUUAUCUUUUGGUUUUAUGCCUAAUAAAGCACGUUACAGAAUUUGGACACAUACAUGUUCUUGCAACGUUCCCAUGAAACUGAUAGAGGACAAUAUGGUUGAAAUGACUAAUUAUGUAUACAUUCCAAUCAGAAACUGACUAGUCCAAAUGCUAUAAUGUACGGUACAUGUGAGUUAUCCCUCUUGCUCCCUUUCCCAAUUGUAUAUAAUGUAGUCAGGAGUUAGUAACAAUAAUAGGUCUGUUCCUUAGUUCAUUCAGUUGUACAAAUCUCCAGGUGGUGGGAACGGGCCAUCUCCAAAUGGUCGGGAAUGUUGAUUUAUGCUGACUGGCCUUGACUUCGUGCUGAUAACGCGGAGGCUUGAAAGUUAGAGGGGCCCUCUGUUUGUGAAACGGAACGUUUGGAAAACGCUGACGUCAUUUUCAGUUUAUAACCUGUGGAAAUGUGUGUAAGCAUUCAGUACUCUCUGGAAUUAAACACUCUUUACCUGGC